AUGCAGUUUAUCACCGUCAUCAUCGCUACCCUGGCCGCUGUCGCCACUGCUACUCCCUCCCCCGAUGCCUUUGAGAAGCGCACCUGUGUUGGCCGUGGGUUCGACUCUAUGGAUAAGAUCGAAGACUACAAGAAUGCUUGCGAGAGCAAUGGCCCCUCUUGCUGCGACGGCUGGCAGUGUGUUGGCGCCACUGAGUGGAACGCCGGUGUCUGCAUUCCCAACUACUAG